UUCUUUCGCUCGGUCAUAGUGCACUGUUCCAAACAAAAAACAUAUGUAUAAAAGGACCUCAAAUAGACAUAAUAAUAAACAAUUACUCCACGUGUCGGGGUGGUCGCAAGAAUGGUAGCCUCCUGUGAACUCCUGUUCGACGAACUUGGACACUUUGGACGGUUCCAGGCAUCUGUAUAUUUUGCUGUCAUUUUCCAGUGUAUCUCUUGUGGCAUCCACUACUUAGCUUCUGUGUUCCUUGCAGCAACCCCUAAUUUUGUUUGUAAGGCACCUGGAAAUGUGAGUUCUGCUCUUGUCUGCAAUUCUUCAAGACUUGGGCUUGAGGACAUCUGGGACUUGUGGACACCAGAUAGUGGAUACGUUGUGGUCCAGACUGCCAAUGGAGACAUUUGGGAACUUGAUCAGUGUAGUAGAUUUAGGCGAGACAAUGGCUUUAAGUUGACAUACGAAUAUGAUGGCAACAAGUCAUAUUUUCCUUGUUCAGAUGGGUUUCUAUAUGACCGUGCCAAAUUAAAGAGUACAAUUGUGACUGACUGGAACUUGGUCUGUGACCAGGAAUGGCUUGGCAAGUUCACACAGCCCACUUUCAUGCUUGGAGUUCUCUUUGGAGCAAUGAUCUUUGGAGACCUUGCAGACAGAAUUGGGAGACGCCCUGUGAUGUGGUUCACAAGCACUGGACAGUUUGUGUUUGGGAUUGCCGUAGCAUUCAGUUUGGAGUACUACAGUUUCAUUAUCCUCCGCUUUCUCCUGGCUAUGGUUUCCAGUGGCUACCUAGUAGUAGUCUUUGUCUAUGUGACAGAGUAUAUUGGAAUUAAAGCACGCACUUGGGCAUCUAUGCACGUUCAUGCUUCCUUUGCUGUGGGACUAAUGAUGGUAGCUUUAAUCGGUUACUUGGUGCGAACUUGGUGGAUCUAUCAAAUCGUGCUAUCUCUUAUGACUUCUCCCUUCCUCCUUUGUUGCUGGAUGCUACCUGAAACACCUUUCUAUCUCUUGACAAAAGGAAAGACUGCAGAAGUUCAAAGACUUGUACGUUCAAUGGCAAAACGGAAUGGUGUCACCAGUUCAUGCCAGUUUUUAAAGAAAGAUGACUCAGUUAGCAAGAAAUAUGGCACUGAAAAGGAAGGCAUGAUGUUGAAAAAAUACAGUAUCCUUGAUCUAUUCAGCACCUGGCAUCUGGCAUGCAGGACAUUUACAGUGUGGCUGGUGUGGUUCACAGGCAGUUUAGGAUACUAUGUAUUCUCUCUGGGCUCCGUCAAUUUAGGAGGAAAUGCAUACUUAAAUCUCUUCCUUGCAGGUGCAGUUGAACUCCCCUCCUAUAUUAUUGCUUGCAUUGCAAUGGACAAAUUGGGAAGAAGAAAUACCCUGGUUCCUUCUCUUUUAAUGAGUGUUGUGGCUUGUGUUGCUGUCAUGGCGAUACCACAGGAUUACAGGGUUCUCAUUAUCAUAGCAAGCAUGACUGGAAAGUUUGCAAUAGCUAUUGCAUUUGGCCUGAUUUAUCUGUAUACAGCAGAGCUUUAUCCAACAAUAGUUAGAUCACUGGCUGUUGGCAGUGGAAGUAUGAUGUGUCGAAUUGGUAGCAUUGUAGCCCCGUUCUGUGUUUACCUUGCAAACAUUUGGAUGUUCCUUCCACAGGUAGUAGGCUAG